AGCACGGUAUCAGCUGAGCCUCCCGCCCCGUCAUGAACCUGUGCACACUGUUGUUGUGACGAUUACGCGUGUUUUUUUAAAGAACAUUGGUCCGGACUUUUGGAUUAAACUCUGUAAAAUGUAAUCAAAACAUUUUCGCCGGCGUUAUUUUUCCACUUCCAUCAAUUUGGCGAGAUAGAUGCGCCUCCUGUGCUGUGCUGAUGUUUUCAGUCGGAUAUGGUGGCAUCAUACUAAUUCAAUAUGGAUCCUGAGGAAGUAGAGCUGAUGAAUGAUUACCGCUACAGGAACUAUGCUACAGUCAUUGAAAAGGCACUACGAAACUUUGAGUCGUCCACAGAAUGGGCAGAUCUUAUCUCCUCCUUGGGCAAACUUAACAAGGCCUUGCAAAGUAAUCUACGUUACUCCCUCCUGCCAAGGAGGCUAAUCAUUGGUAAGCGUUUAGCACAAUGUCUGCACCCAGCUCUACCCAGUGGGGUCCAUCUAAAGGCCCUGGAAACCUAUGAGAUAAUUUUUAAAAUUAUUGGAACCAAAUGGCUUGCAAAAGAUUUGUUCAUUUACAGCUCCGGCUUGUUUCCUCUGCUGAGCCAUGCAGCCAUGGCAGUGAAACCUGUCCUCCUGGCUCUGUAUGAGCGUUACUAUUUACCACUACAAAGGGCUUUGCUUCCCAGCCUUCAAGCUUUCAUAACUGGGCUACUUCCUGGUCUUGAAGAGGGUCUGGAGGUGUAUGACAGAACUGAUGCAUUGCUACUGAAGUUGUCACUGCUGGUGGGACAGCAGGUUUUCUAUGGUGCCCUUUGGGGCUGUGUUUUGGUUAGUCCAAUGGUUAGACUUCCAGCCUCAGUGUUCAUCGUUACCCACUUCGACCGCAUGGUGUGUCUGAGUCAGCAGACGUACAUGCUGGGUUAUGAUCACCAUAUUGUGGUCAAGUCAUUGGCUCUGUCUUUACAAGAUUCAAAUGUCCUAGUUCAGAGAAACAUGCUAGAGGCCCUGCUCUACUUUUUCCCCUUUGCCACAUGUUUGAGUCCGGCUGAGGCCAGUAUUGCCAUGAGCACGGAGGACUUGAUAUCGCUGGUCUCUGCUGCACUGAUCACACUUCUGCGCAGAGACAUGUCCCUCAACAGACGCCUUUAUGCAUGGCUUUUAGGCACAGACAUUAAAGGUGGCAUGGUCGCCCCUCACCCUGUCCUCUCUACAACAAUUGAGGAGCAUACAACAUUUUACUUCAGUACUUACUCUAAAAGUUUCGUAGUACAGGCUUUGAUUAAUAUAAUCAAGCAAAAGGACAUGGAGUCUGACCCAGAGAAGCUUGUUGGGUACCUGAGGCCGUUUCGCAUUCUCAUGAGCCUGCUGGAUAAACCAGAAAUAGGCCCUAUGGUUUUGAGUAAUGUUUUGCUUGAGCUGGUUCGAGCCUUCUACAGUUACUGUCGAGAAAUGCUCGGCGAAGAAGCCAUUAACAGCUCGGGUCUUUCAGGAAACCAGUUAGCAAGCAAGAUAAAAGAAAACAAAAAUGCUUCUGAGAUUAUUAAGACAAUGAAUAUGCUCAUGAGUACUAUGAACAGUGAGUACUUGUGGGAAUAUAUGACACGACGCUUCUGUACUGCUCUGAGUUCCAAACAUGACCCUCCAAAACCCCCUCAAUCAGACUGCAGUCACCCAGCUCCUUCUGUCACAGAGAUGUGUCAACUCAUCAUUUUUCUACUUGAUAUUAUUCCUUUGGAGCUGCAUGCAGACAUCCAGUCUCAGUUCCUGCCUGAAAUGCUGGGCACAAUGUUGAGAGCACUGCAGAGCAACAUCUGUUCUGUGAGUCUGGAGGACAUAACCCAGAGCCUGCGGGCCUGCUUCAAGGUUCUCAGUAAAAUCCAAAUGCCAGUGUCUUACAUGGACAUGGAGGCAGGAACCAGCACACAAGAGAUGUUCUCACAGAUGCAAGAAAAGAGAGACAAAAGUAACAAGAGCAUUGAUGAAAAUGGGGAAAAAAUUGCCAAUGGUCAUGUUAAUGGCUCCUGCAGAGAUGCAGAGUCCAACAGGAACAGUGCAGAUGAGGCAGAAUCUGGAGUCUAUGCACCACUCCGGUCUGAAGACAGUGGGCUGGGCAUAAGUGCAUCUCCUUCAGAACAACAACUUCCUCCUGUGAUGGGAGGAGAGACUGGGGAAACUAAAAGUCCCAAAGACAAUGAAAGAGUGUGGCGUAAAGGGGGCAGUGUGCACAGUUUGGUUCAUUGCCUUCAGGACAUUCUUGCUUUCUUAAACACCAGAUACCUGCUUGUGCAGGUGGAAGAAAUUCACGUUCAAGAGGAAGAGCCACAGCCUCCCCCAUCCUCUACACCGGUGGACGAGAAAAACCGUCAUGCUGGAAGAGAAAUUAAAGACAAGCUCACUGAUUUCUUUGUUCCCAAUAUUCUGAAACCCCGCCACUCACUGGAUGGUGCAGUCUCAGCAGAGCCUCAGACAGUAGUCUGUGAGGAGCAGCUGAAAAAGAAGAAGGGGCGUUUUUUAAAUUCUGGAUGUCUGCAGUGGGGAGACGGGUAUAUGCCCAGAGGAAAAGGAGAUAUUUCUGAGGACUGUAGACAGGCCUUUACAGCUUCGUGUCAUCUUUUACUGGAAUGCAUUACCUUCCCAAUCUACCUAAGUGAACAGGAAACGCUUGAUCUCUACACAGAAAUGUUUGGUCACUCAAGUUGUAAUGUAGAAGAUCUGCCAGUGUGGCUGCGAUCCUUAAUGAUACUCUGCUGCCUGUCAAGGGACUACUACAUCCAGCACACCGCUGUGGCUACACUGUUGGAGCUCAUUAACCACUCUCAGUCUUUAGCACUGGUAAUCCAAGACAAACAUCGGCGAUACCAAACCUCUGACUCCAAUCCACUGAGUGGGAGGCUACAGAUGGUCACAGAACCACCCAUUUUCCCUGCUGUGCUCAAAGACAUAGAGAUACAAACGGAUUUCUAUCAGCGGAUGUCCCAAGUGCUAUGGUCACAGCUGGACACAGAACGCAAAGAACAGCACAUUUCCUGUGUGGAGCUGUUCUUCAGGCUGCACUGUUUGGCUCCAUCUUCGUCAAUAUGUGAGAACAUCAUCUGUGAGGCUUUGACACACAGAGACAAGACUGUCAGACUAGAGGCCUUACACCGCUUCACAGUCCUAUGGCAUCUCACCAGAGAGAUCCAGAACAACAGAUCUUUGUCCCUCAAUCGCUCGUUUGAUAGAUCUCUCUGUGUUGUUGUGGACAGUUUAAACUGUACAGAUGGCUCAAUAGCUGCUGCAGCUCACUGUUGGCUGGGCAGAGCUCUGUCUCUGAAUGAUGUCAUCAGGAUCUUAGAACCAAUUCUCUUUUUGCUCCUUCAUCCAUCCACUCAGCGAUGCUGCAUUCACAAUGUUAAACAAAAUCUUACUGCUGGGUACCUAAAGAUCCUAAACAGCAGAAGCCGAAGCUCAACUAAAACAUCAACAGAUACAAUGGCAACUGAAGUCACAAUCUUUAACGUAAAUAAUAUCCUUGAUCGAGAAUCUCUGUGGACUGAGUUAGACAGUGGUCCUGAGGUGGUCAAAGAAUCAGAAGUCUUACCAUUGUCUCAAAGUGAGAGUGAAGAAACUGAAGAGGAUGAGGAGGGCCAUGAAGAGGAAGAUGUGAGUGAACACACUGAGUCUGCAGACACCAGUGGGGCACAAGUGUCCACAGAAAACUCUAGCUCUGGCUCUGCAGCCUAUCGCAGCAGUGAGGAGGGAGCCAUGGUCAAUGGGCUGCACAGGGUGGAAUCUGAGCGAACACAAGCCUCUGAUUCACUGUCGAGUGAAGAUGAAGACCAGGAACUGGAAGCUAUGGCCAGGUCUCGUCUUCUAAAGCAGGAGCGUGACAAGAGAGAGGCCAUCGACUCCCUGUUCCGCCAUGUGCUGCUGUAUCCUGUGGCAGGGGGCUGGCCCUACCUACUCCAGGGCCUUACUUUGUUGCACAGUUUGCUCAAAAGCAAUGCCCACGCUGCCGUGGUGGAUGCCCUCUCUACCUCCUCUCUGGACACAAGCUCAGCAGCACAUUUAAACCUGAUUUCAAACCUUUUACAACGUCACCAACUGUCCCAGGAUGGCAAAUCUUUCUAUGGCUCUCUGAUGUCCUCUUGCUCCUCUCCCUCCACCCCUCCUGCCCUCCUCAUUGAACUUCUAGUCUCAUUGUGCUUGUGUUUUCUACGCUCCCAUUACCCGUCCUACCUCAGCCUGGGACCUCAGGACCUGCAGGGGAACAGGGAAGUGCAGGUGAGAAGUGUGGAGGUCCUGACACAGAUCAUGAACCAGCUCCACUGCAUGGCUCGUGCAAACAAUGGACCCAACCUGGAGCUAAUCCGAAAAGUACUUACUGAUUGUAAAGUGCAGCAAUAUGCCCUACUUUCUCUGUCCGCAUCUAUGUAUGUCAGUCAGAGAGGGAGUGAAAAGGGAGCAAACAAGACUGUAGAGUUGCUAGGAGACGAAGGGGGCCUGGCUGAAGAAAGUUUAGUUUACCUUGGUUCAGGAGGAAGUCAGGAGCAGUUCCCUUUACAAAUGGCAUUACUAAAACUGCUCCAGUCACUCAUUGUUCUUGAAUAUCACACAUGUCCAAGUGGUGGAGCAGCUAACCAGCCUGGGGACCACCGGGAGACUCCAACUCCUAGCACACCUUUAACACGGGAGUGGCAAACUGCUGUCCUCUUCCAGCAGUCCAUUAAAGCAGUUCAGUAUGUUCCGAAUCAGCCAAUCACUGCCCAGGGAAUGUUUGUCUCCGCUGCGGCCAGAGCUUUACAGCCACAGUACGGUUACGCCAUGCAUCCUCACUGGGUGGCGCUGUGCUCCUCUUUGCCCUAUUUGGGACGCUCGCUUGGCAUCAUCGUGACUCCUUUUGUCAACCAGAUCUGUAAGAAUUUGGAUGAGCUUGUCAAGAUGUAUGAACACGAUGGAGCAAAGAUCAGCCAAAGUUUGUGCUAUAGAAAAGAAAACAUUGCUCCUGAUUAUGCCUUGACACUUCUCGAGGGCCUGACCACUAUCACACACUUCUGUCUUCUUGAUACAAAAAGAUCCCAAGUAACAUAUGACCCUAUGGAUCUCCGAAAUGCCCGUAAUGCUGUGAUUGAGGCACUGCCACACAUGCUGAGCAGUGCGGCUCUGUUGUGGGGGGUGGUCAUGAAGGAGGAGAAUCAGAGGCGCUUACUGGAUUCAACUCCAACUAGACACAAUUCAGCCUCUGUGUACUUCAAAAGCUCCAAGAUUCUACGGCAGAGGAUACUGGAGUUCUUGCUUCCGUUAACAGGACAAUAUGGCACUCAGCUCAUGGCUUCUGUGGCAGCAGUGUGGAGCAGUAGAAAGAGCAAAAGGAGGCCCAAAAACAAAGUGCUCCCUGUGGCUAGUGAACCCCGUCUAACAAUUGUGAAUCUGGUGAAAUCCCUGCAAACGCUAAACGCAGAAACCAUCUUACAUCUGGCCAAAGAGGUGGUUAAAAAACCCCACCAGAUCAAAGGAGACCAAAAGUCACUCUUAGUUGAUAUUCCAAUGUUACAGUUCAGCUUUGCUUUUGUUCAGAGUAUUUCAUCUCAGGUUCUUCAGGACAAUGUUGUUCCUCUCCUGACUCUGUUAAGAGAGUCUGUACAAUUGAAUCUGACUCCACCAGGACAUUUCUUACUGCUCGGAAUCCUUAAUGAAAUCGUCAACAGACUUCCCAACCUGGACAACAAGAGGGAUGCCAGAGAUCUACAAAAAGUAAUUCUUAUGCAGGACGUGACACAGAGGAUCCUUGAAGCUGUGGGGGCAAUAGCUGGAUCGUCUUUAGAGCAAACUAGUUGGCUUAGUCGAAGUCUUGGAGUCAAAGUUCAGCCACAAGUGUGCCAAGAAGCAGAUGAACAUGAUGAUGCAGAUUUGGAUGGGGAACAUGAAUCAGUAGCACAAGCUAGCACAAUGGUUUCCUCAUCGGCUCCCUCUGUCUACAGUGUUCAGGCUCUUGUACUGCUAGCAGAGAUUUUAGCACCACUUCUUGAUAUGGUAUAUCGCAGUGAUGAGAAAGAAAAGGCUGUUCCUCUCAUCUCCCGCCUCCUUUAUUAUGUUUUUCCUUACCUGAAAAACCACAGUAUCUACAAUAUUCCAAGUUUUGAGGCUGGUGCUCAGCUCCUGAGCAGUCUGAGUGGUUAUGCCUACACCAAACGGGCCUGGAAGAAAGAAGUGUUUGAGCUCUUCAUGGAUCCUCUGUUUUUCACAAUGGAGACUUCUUGUGCACCCAGUUGGAAAUCCAUUAUUGAUCAUCUGUUGACUCAUGAGAAGACAAUGUUCAAAGACCUUAUGAGUAUGCAAAGCAGCUCUAUGAAACUAUUUGCCAGUGCAGACCAGAAACCUAUGCUCUUAAAACGCCAGGCCUUUGCAAUGUUCAGUGGAGAAAUCGAUCAGUAUCAUCUCUAUCUGCCUCUGAUACAAGAGCGUCUCACUGAAGCUUUGCGCAUGAACCCGAGUGCGGCAGUUUCAGCUCAGAUGUUUCUCAUGUUUCGAGUCCUGCUUCUGCGCAUCUCAGCACAGCACCUCACAUCACUUUGGCCAAUCAUGGUCACAGAACUGACCCGAAUAUUUGUGCGGUUGGAGAAAACUCUGCAUAUAGAGAAAGAGAACUCCAAACAGCCAAAAACUGGACGUGGAGACAAAAAUGGACCAGUGAACUUCUCGCCGAUGGAGUUAGACAUGUAUCUGUCGGCCUGCAAGUUUCUGGACACUUCUUUGGCUUUUCCAACUGAAAAGAUUCCAUUGUUUCAGAUGUAUCGCUGGGCGUUUGUGCCUGAGGUAGAUGUGAACCGUUACAGCGGACCAGAAAAUGCACUGAUCGAGGGAGAGCAGGAGAGCACACCCCAUGUCGUUAAAAUACUGGAGGGAAUUCAGCAGCGCUAUGGGGCUCUAAAUGGACUGAGUGAGGAGUCAGCCACAGAGAAUUUGGAGUUUCCGCUCCUCACCCAGCGCUCCUUAAUGUCGAUUACUCAGCUGGUGCCUUUUCUUAGCACUCUCUGCUCCUCAUUCCAGGGGCCUCCUCCUUACAGUGAGCCAAUGUCCCAUUUCCCUGUGGUAGAGUAUCCAGCGUCCAGUUCAGAAACGGUGCUAAAGAGGCUUGAAAACACCAUCGAGGAAGAGUUCUUGGAUUGUAUGGAGAGUAAAAACUAGAGCUUUCAGUGUUUAGGCAUUGAAAUUUUACUAAAACAUUCACAUGUGGUAAAUAAUGGGAACUACACAAUGUAGAAUUGUUAUGUUGUGUAAUGUAUUAUAUCUGUCUAAAAACAUCUCCAUACCAAAAGCUUAUGCCAUUGAAAAAAGCUUUUAAACUAUCAAUCUGUUUUACCUUCUGUUUAACUUUAGACCUGACUAUUAUGCAUAGUAUUUUACCAUUUUAAAAAAAACCAAUUAAUACAUUUAAAACUCUGCACUGGUUUCCAGUUGUAUGACAUUUUCAGGCAAAUCUUUUUCAUUGGUAUUGUGUACAGCAUUUUUGGGAAUUUCUGACUCUUGAGUGUAUUUUAAUUUACUGAAUGUAAUACACAAACACUGGACAAAUGACAUUCACUUCACUUUGGGGAUGUUAAGGGAAAAAACAUGUUUCUGUGCAAUUAUGACAUUUUCUCAUUUAUUCACUGCUAAAUGUUAAUUUAUUUUUGAUGCUUCAUCCUUUAAGGACUGUAUUAAUUUUGCAUAAAUGAAUAAAGUUAUACAAUUAACAAAACUA